AUGGCUCUGGUUCCGUACGUUGAAAACUCGUUACCGGCUCUGUCCAAACUCCAUAAUACAUCAGCCCAGUUCCGGUUCGCCGACCACGACCUCCGUCUCGCCCAGGACUGGAAGAAGCUCGGUGUAGCAGCCGUGGUGUGGGAUGCGGCAGUUGUCAUGUGUAUGUACCUGGAGAUGGGGAAGGUGGAGUUAAAGGGCAAAGGGGUCAUUGAACUGGGAGCUGGCACUGGACUGGUGGGCAUUGUUGCAGCCCUGCUGGGUGCCAAAGUGACCAUCACUGACAGAGAGCCUGCCCUGGACUUCCUGGCUGCCAACGUGAAGGCCAACGUGCCCCAAGACUCCCAGGGGUCAGUGGUUGUGUCUGAUCUGACCUGGGGCGAGGGCCUUGAACGUUACCCAGCUGGGGGGUAUGAUCUGGUCCUGGGAGCAGACAUUGUUUACCUGGAGGACACCUUUGUGCCACUGCUGCACACCCUGGAGCACCUGUGUUCGGACUCCACCGUGGUGCUGCUGGCCUGCAAGAUCCGCUACAAGCGAGAUACCGACUUUCUGAGCAUGCUGAAGCACAAGUUCACAGUUGAAGAGGUCCACUAUGACAAACAAAGGGACAUCCAUGUGUAUAAAUGUUGGAAACUGCCACUCAGGGUGGAUUUGUGACAACCGGGUGCCUUAACUGUGGUCGGUUUUCUCUCAUUCUUUGUAAGAAUUUACUGUUUUUUACGAAGGUGUAUUAGGGCCACAUUGAGGGAAAAAAGUCAUAAUAUUACGAGAAAAUAGUCGUAAUUUAAUGAGGAUAAAGUCAUACGAUUUAAAG